GGGAGGGCGAGGGCGCCGUGCAGGACGCGCUCAGCGUUCUGCAGGCGACCGCCCAGCAGGCCGUCACGCCGCUGCACGUGAAGCAGUACGAGGCCGAGCAGGAGCUCUGGCGCCUACACUUUGUGCAGUUCAAGAUGCAGAACGCCGUGCUGCGGCCGCUGGUGCAGGAUCCCAGGCACAACCUCCUGACGGAGCCCAGCGGGUUGAGAGGGCCAAUCGCCGGCGGUCCGGGGCUGCCUGGGAACAACGUGCCGGGCGCCAAUUCCAACGCCGCGAGGAGCGGAGCAGGCAGCGACCUGCGCAUCACCACCAAGAACGUGAAGGACAGGAUCGUCCCCGAACUGGCGAAGCUGCUGAUGGGCGAGCAUACCUCGGAGGGGAAGUACGGCGGCAUGCUGCGGCCCACGCCGGCCAGACUCCGCGAGCUCGGCCCCGAGGUGAGGCAGGACCUCGCUGGCGCGAUGACCAGCUGGAUAGCCUGGGCGCAGGAGAGCAUGGGCCCUCAGACCAAGGACCUGGGCAAGGUGGUCGCCGUGGGCGUACCGCCCCCGGAGGGCACCCCAGGAGAGCCCACGACGCUUGACCUGGCCGACUGGACGCGGCAGGUGCAGCGGAGCCUCGGGCCCUGCUGGAUGGACCUCGUGCCGAAGAUCUGGGACACCUUCCACAGUCCCACGGAGAAGCGCCUCAGCAUGAACGAGUUCUUCCUCGCGCUGAUCUGCUGCUCCAAGGGCACCGUCGCCGAGAAGGCGGUGCUGUCGUGGCAGCUGCGGAGCCCCUGCGGCACGGACGCGAUAUCGCUCUUCAACCUGUACGGCACGGUGCAUCCGACGAUCAGGAAGCACCACGCGACGCCCGUGACGCCCAGCGCCGCCCUCGUCAUCGACCGGUUCGACAGCGGCAAGGUGGAGCGCGCUGGGGUCUUCUUCGACAGCCCCCCGAGGCCGGAGGACCGGAUCUCCCGGAGCGUGCUUCACUUCAAGGUAUUCUCCAGGGCCGCGCAGCACGAGCACGAGGUGCUGCUCGGAGAGGUGUACAUCACCACGCUGCGUCCCUUCGUCACGCAUUCCCCAGGGGGCGACGAGGCCCACGACUUCACUAUUUGGGGGGAGGUCGGCGAGUUCACCAAGCGCACCGCGGGUGACAUCGGCGGCGCGCGGCCCGUCAUCGGCUGGCUCAGGAUGUCGCUCGAGUGGGUGGUGUCCUCGAACGAGAAUCCCGAGGUCGGCCAGCUGGUGAUCGGGCUCCGCGAGAUCGAGUUCAACACGGUUGCAGUUGACGCGCCGAACAAGCGGAACCCGCGUGUGGCGCUGCUGAUGUACGAUGAGGCCGGCCAGGAGCAGCACAUUAAGAGUGCGCCAGGGGGCCGCGGGCCUGGCCACGGAGGCGAGAACAUGGGGUGGCCAGAGACGAUGGAGUGGCGCAGAGACACCUUGCACCACUACGGCCGUGGAAAUCAGGGAUGGGACGUGAGGAACGGCGUGUGGAAGUGGAGCUACGCCGUAGGGAACCAGUUCUCCGAGCAGGGGCUCAUCGUCCGCAAGGACUUCGUGACGAACAGGGGGCCGUCCAGGACGACCAUAUCGAUGAAGGCUGCAGUAUCCCGCUUGCCCUGGCGCCAGCGGAGAGAGGGGGAGGGGCAGGUCAGAGCAGGGGAACAGGGCAUCAGGUUUCCAGCACCGUUUCGGCCUCCCCGGGUCUUGCCCGUGCUCCAGGGCCAGUAA